GUGUACUGUAUGUGUAUGGGACCACAACAGCUGUGUACGUGAAUACAUUUUAUUUUAGUGUGUUAAAAUUGUGUAGCGUGACACGUCACGGACAAAACUCGAAAUAAUGGCAACAAAACCCGAUAAAAAGGAUGAAGACGCCAAUGAUUGGCAGCAGAGCGAUGAGGACGAUAACUGGGAUGACUGGGGAGAUGGCGACGACGACGAUGAGAAGUUUGUGCAUGUGGAGCAACAGCAGCAGCAACCACAACAACAACAGCAGCUAAGCAACAAAAACAACAACGCAAAAGCAACAGAAACCGUGUCGCAAACUGCGGCGCCACCAAAAGCAUCUCCACCAGAAACAGCUCCAACGCCAUCCUCCUCAUCCUCUGGCUGGGGCUUAUGGGGCGGCAAAUUGAGCUCAGUGCUGAGCACGGCCAGCGAGGGAUUGGGCAACAUAACGACACAUGUGAAUCAGGGCCUGAAUCAAAUUAUUGGCGUGCCAGAUCCCGAGGAAAUGGCACGCAUCAAUGCAGCGGAGGAGGCAGCUAAGCCAGCUUCAACGCCGACAGAAGAGCAGCAUACGAGCGAUGGAGGAGAAGAACAAAAACAGGAUGCAGCUGCGCCAGCAUUUAAUUUGGGCAUUGUGACCACAUUGGGCACCAAAGUGCUCAACACUGGGCUCGAUACGCUGGAGGGGAUUGGCAAGAAGACGAUGACUAUACUGCAGGACAAUGAUCCUAAGCUGAUGAACAAACGCAAGCUGCUUGGCCUCGAGGCCAACAAACCCAACCUGAGCGCUGUGCUGCUUGAGGCCAAAAAGGAUGCGGAUCAAAUGGAACAAUCGCUGCAGCAGCUGCAGUUGGAGAAGCGCAAGGCGCAGUUGCGUUUCGAUGUCCUCUUCGAGAACUAUUGUGGCCUGGUGCACUACGAAGCCCUCGAAAUUCUGUCCAAGGAAUCACGUCUCAAGCUGGACACGCUGCUCGAUGCGGUCAGUGGCAAUGCUUUGAGCGAAUUGCAGGAAACUAUCAGCGAGGUGCAGGAGCUUCUGGAGCUAGAGGACUUGGAAUGCGAUAGCGAGGGCGACUACGAAGCUGUUGAGCUAAACGAGCGUCUUUUGGCCACAAUUGCCGAUGCGGACAUUGGCAUUAAAUUCGACGAUGUAGCUAGCCACUGGACACAGUGUCUAAGUUGGCUAAACUCAAUCGAAGCCAUUGAAGCGGACCUCGAAGUGUCCUACGAAAAGAGCAUUAAUGCGUUGAGUGAAGCCUGCGCCUUGGAAAUGUGCAAACUGCACAAAAUUGCCGAAUUGCUGCUGGUGAAGCAGCAUCAUAGCACAGCUAACGAAGUCGAUGGCAUUGUGCAGCUCAGCAAGCAAUUCAACGCACAUCUUCAGGGUCUAACCCAACGCUAUGCAGCGCUGUUGAGCAGCAAGAAGUCUGCUGAUCAGGAAGAGGAAUGCAAGAAACAAGUCAACACACUCUUCGCCGAAAUGUUGUCGGGUGUUAAAUACAUCGAACAGGCCUACAAACUCUUUACGCCUAUUUUGCAAAUGGGCGCAGUUUAGCAGCAGAUUACAUAUACAUAUAUUAGUUUUAUCCUUAUUAUAUAUCCGUGUAUUUAUCUGGCUUGUAUAAAUAUAUGAAAUGAAUUCUUUGCGAUA